AUGGAUUCAGUUCUGGCUUCACUUCAAGCUUUUCCUCGAGCAUCCAGCCCUGGUGCUUCUCAACUGAAGUCUCAGCACUUGUUUGAUGCUAUUCUUGGUACUACAACUCCUUCAGCCAAGCAGUGUUUGGAGAACUUCGUAAAUUUUCUUUUGUCUGGUCGUACUGACCCUAGGAUAGCCCCUUGGUUACGUGGAGCACGUCUCACUGCUCUAUUGAAGAAGCAUGGUGGUGUCCGCUCUAUAGCUGUUGGUGAGGUCCUACGUCGACUUGUCAGCCGUCUGUGCUGUUCUGCUGUGAAAGAGGACUUACCUGACACCUUUUUGUCUUAUGGCCAGGUUGAUGUCAGUGUCCCAGGAGGUUUAGACGCUGCUGUGCACACACUAUCAGCUUGUAUUGCUCGAUAUGGAUCUGAUCCCAACUUGUGUUGUCUGAAAAUUGAUAUGACAAAUGCCUUUAACGAAUGCUCUCGAGCUUCUUUUUUGAGUUGUCUACGUAAAGAGUUCCCAGCCUUGUUUGGGUGGUCCUCGUGGUGUUACCAUUGUGAAGGCAUAUUGCAUUUUGAGAAUUCUUGGAUCAAGUCAUCUGCAGGAGUGCAACAAGGGGAUCCCCUUGGUCCCCUACUAUUCUCCCUUGUUCUUAUGGAGUUUUUGGAUGACCUGGGUCCAUUGCCAGAUUUGAAGCUGAAGUUAUGGUAUUUGGACGAUGGCUCUUUCCUUGGCCAGCGGGCUUCAGUUGCUUGUCUCUUGGAUGUCUUGUUAUCAAAGGGUCCCUCCUUUGGUCUUCAUAUCAAUUUGAACAAAUGUGAGGUCUUUUGGCCCUCUGGAGAACAGAAUUUUCCCAAAUUUGCUACUGAAAUUCAGUGCAGUGCUCAGGUUCAUGGUGGUGUUGACUUCCUUGGUUGUCCUGUAUAUGGAUCUUCCUCAUACGUUACUGAAUUUGUUUCCCAAUGA